AUGUGCUUAGCUGUAGCAACGGCUUUUGCCAUUGAUACACCAUCAAAUGAAUAUCUACCACCAGUUGCAGUUGCUCCUGUUGAGGAAGCACAAAUAGUGUUAGAACCACAAGAAUCAGCUGCACUUGCUGAUGAUGGAUAUCGUUAUAAGGUUGUACGUCGCGUAAAAUAUCGUCAACGUCGCGAUGUCAAUGAGUUACCUUCCAAUGAAUAUCUACCACCAGUUGCAAGUGCACCUCUUGAGGAAGCACAAAUUGUGGUAGAACCACAAGAAUCAGCUGCACUUGCUGAUGAUGGAUAUCGUUAUAAGGUUGUACGUCGAGUAAAAUAUCGUCAACGUCGCGAUGUCAAUGAGUUACCUUCCAAUGAAUAUCUACCACCAGUUGUAAGUGCACCUCUUGAGGAAGCACAAAUUGUGGUAGAACCACAAGAAUCAGCUGCACUUGCUGAUGAUGGAUAUCGUUAUAAGGUUGUACGUCGCGUAAAAUAUCGUCAACGUCGCGAUGUCAAUGAGUUACCUUCCAAUGAAUAUCUACCACCAGUUGCAAGUGCACCUCUUGAGGAAGCACAAAUUGUGGUAGAACCACAAGAAUCAGCUGCACUUGCUGAUGAUGGAUAUCGUUAUAAGGUUGUACGUCGAGUAAAAUAUCGUCAACGUCGCGAUGUCAAUGAGUUACCUUCCAAUGAAUAUCUACCACCAGUUGUAAGUGCACCUCUUGAGGAAGCACAAAUUGUGGUAGAACCACAAGAAUCAGCUGCACUUGCUGUUGAUGGAUAUCGUUAUAAGGUUGUACGUCGAGUAAAAUAUCGUCAACGUCGUGAUGUCAAUGAGCUACCAUCCAAUGAAUAUCUACCACCAGUUGCAAGUGCACCUCUUAAGGAAGCACAAAUUGUGGUAGAACCACAAGAAUCAGCUGCACUUGCUGAUGAUGGCUAUCGUUAUAAGGUUGUACGUCGAGUAAAAUAUCGUCAACGUCGUGAUGUCAAUGAGUUACCUUCCAAUGAAUAUCUACCACCAGUUGCAAGUGCACCUCUUGAGGAAGCACAAAUUGUGGUAGAACCACAAGAAUCAGCUGCACUUGCUGAUGAUGGAUAUCGCUAUAAGGUAGUACGUCGAGUAAAAUAUCGUCAACGUCGUGAUGUCAAUGAGUUACCUUCCAAUGAGUAUCUACCACCAGUUGCUAGUGCACCUCUGGAGGAAGCACAAAUUGUGGUAGAACCACAAGAAUCAGCUGCACUUGCUGAUGAUGGAUAUCGCUAUAAGGUAGUGCGCCGCUUAAAAUAUCGUCAAAGACGAGUUUAA